AUGGCGGACGGGGCGGGUAGCAACGGGGACGCCGCGGGGCUGCCGGUGGGCAAGGAGGCAGUGGACCGCCUGAUCCGGGAGAACGGGCACAUCUUCACCGAGGCCCAGUGCAAGGUGUGCAGCGCCCUGCUCAUCUCCGAGUCCCAGAGGCUGGCCCACUACCAGAGCAAGAAGCACGCCAACAAGGUGAGGCGGUACCUGUCCAUCCACGGCGGAGAGGAGCUCGCCCACGGGAAGAAGAUGAGGCUGGAUGCGAAGCAGGACAGCAAGCAGGAAGGCAGCAAUGGGGAAGACAGGAACAAGUGUUGUCCCAUCUGCAACAUGACCUUUUCCUCUCCGGCCGUGGCAACAUCUCACUACUUGGGCAAGACUCAUGCCAAGAACAUGAAGCAGCAGUCCCCCAAAGUGGAAGAAGCGGUGCCCCCACAGAAACAUCCUGCUACCCUCCCCACCUCUACCGUGUCUUCUAAUGAAGAGAACAAGGACAUUACUGACCCAGACAAGUUCUGUAGCCUCUGCCACGCCACUUUCAACAACCCCCUUAUGGCAAAACAGCAUUAUGUAGGCAAGAAGCACAGAAAGCAAGAGACCAAACACAAGCUGAUGGCACACUAUGGCCGAACCCCUGAUGCACCGGCAUCGUCCUUCAUGGCUGGGAAGGGGUACCCCUGCAGCACAUGUAACAUAGUACUGAACUCCAUAGAGCAGUACCAAGCUCACAUCAGUGGCUUCAAACACAAGAAUCAGAUGCCAGGAGCAGUGCCAGUUGUCGGACCGUUCCCGCCACAGCAGUAUGUCCGGGAGGAGUCAACUGCCCCAGGAGGCUACAGUUAUUUCAGCCAAGACUUCUAGAGCAAGUUGCAGCACUGUUCUUGGAGUUGUUGAUGGCCCAAGAACGCACAUCCUUUGCCAGCCCACAAUGGUUUCAUUAUCCCUCUGGAUAAGCAAAGCCCUACCCUCCUGUAUGCACCCGUUGAGCAGAACGGGGACUGAAUCUGUCAGAAAAAGGAUCCAGCUGGAAGAGACUUGCUAGACAGCAAAUACUUCACUCCCUUAGAGUAGUUUUCAUUGUGUAAUUGCUUCCUGUGAAGGUGGGUGCGGUGUGAGAGGAAAUGUGUAUCUGGUAUAAGGAGGGUUUGGCAACAGGCUGGUAGUGGCCACCUCCUCCCUCACCAGAGCAAAUAACGGAUUCCUGCACCUGGAGGGCCAGCAUCCCAUGCUCAGAGGUGGCUUUUGCUGGAGGAGAGCUCCUAGACUGUAGCAAGCAGUGCUUAUGCAGCGUGGAUGGGACACGAUGCAGGUUGCCUGGCUUUGCACAGGCCUAAAAUAGGAAACAACCAGCGUGGCAUCUCUUUCCAUGUCUCCUCCGGUCAGGUUUGUGUGCAGAAUUUCAUGAGCCACUGAUUGCCAUCAGAGCCUUUCGCAGUACCGCAGCCGUUGGUUCUGGAGCUGGGUUGUUUGGUCUGUCUAACAAGUAGUUACAACUUCUGGUGUGCAAACUGCUGCUGGUGGGAAUGGAGGGCUGCGAGAGGGGUUAGAGCUCCUGGCUCUCCUCAGCCCUCUGAGGAUUUCCACGUGGAAGGAAGUAACUGUUCAGCCUGGUUUCCUAUGGAAACAGGUGUAUGUGAUCAUUCACCGUGUGUGUCUUUACCCAGUGUGACUUAAACCUAUCUCAGCCAAACUUGGCAGCGGUGGAGAUCUCCAAGAUCUGAAUGCAAUCAGCAGAGGAAGGUAGAGCAGGGUGAGUUCAUCUCUAAUUCUGUCAUGGUCUGCAUGGAAGUGCAGCAUUUUCCCUACUGCCACCAAAAGACUCUGGAAGGAGGGUUUUAAGGGAAAAGAGACGGAAUAAAUCUAGAUGCAGCAGAAAACUGUAGUGUUAACUUGGUCAAAUCGUUAGCUGACUAAAAAGCUACAAAUCCUUUGGAAACCUGCCUUUGUUAGUCCUUCAUUAGACACUACUUGCCCAACCCCUCUCUUCAAAGUUCUUACACUUUUAUCAUCCUGGAAAAGGGAUGUUCUAUAUUUCAAACCCAGAAAUUAAGACUGAUGGUCUCUUCAUGGUGCUAAUGUACUAGAUCUGUUAGAAAAGGCCCCGGAAGGAAGGGCAGGCGUCUGAGACUGCUGUGCAUUUUGGACAAGUUCUUCAGAUGUUUUGCCUUAAGCUAAGGCAUUGCCUCUUCUCUGCUAGCCCACCGCAGGAGCCAUGUGCAUUGGGCUGGCCUCAUGUUCAGUGCCAGUGCUCCGAGUCAGGCACCCCGCGACUUUAUCCCAGCAUCAGUGCCUCCGUGGAGCUGAGACUUUGCUAGUCUGUGGCAAAUGUCCUGCUGUUUUUCUUCCACGGAGCAGAAGGACGUGGAUGUGACCCCUCUGAGGACCUCCCUGGCCAGUGGAGCUCCGUGGGCUGGCAGGAGCAUGGGUGAUGGCCGCGGGCACACCGCGCUGCCAGGGUGGGCUGAGCCAAGCUGCUGCCUCACGUUGCGUGGCCCCGGCAGCUGCUGGAGGGGGAUCUGGGGCACUUGACUCCCAGCGUUGUGUGCCAGGGGAGCAGCUGGCGCCUUCGCAGGGCUGAGAGCCGGGCUGUAGACGCACUUUCAAAAUCCGGUGUGUGCGCUGGUCGGGUUAAGCAAGGAGAGAGAGAGCUGGUUGCUAAUCUCAGUGCUUGGAGUGAAUGCCUUCCCUUCCCCACUCCAGGCUGUGCAUGAGCUUUGUUUUUCUUCACCCUGCACAGAAUCUGCCAUCUUCCCUUAGGACGGGCUCCUGCUGGUCUGGGUUCGCCUUCCUAAUGUUUUCCAGUCUUGCUCCACUGCUGAGGUCUGACCUUAGUCUCCUGCUACUGAGGGAGUCCUUUUAAACCUUGCGAGCUGAUCAAUGAGCAGAAAAUUGCAAUGAACUGAAGGAAGCAUUGUGCGCCUGGUAGCCCUGGGUGGCCUCCAACUCUGAUCUCUGCUGCUUAGCUCUCGUCCCGCUGUACCAGGGCAGGUGCCCACUAGAUUUGCUACGCAUCGACACCAAGAGGGAUCCAUUUCCAGCACUGCCCAGUCCGGUGUGUCACUCCUGUCUGUGUACUGACAGUUUUGCCUUCCCCUGUACACAGUGUUUAUGUAUCUGCUGUUUCCCUAAGGUGAAG